GCUUUGCUGCAUCAUCGUCUCCGGAGAACUGCGAAGACCCUCAGAUCCUCGAGGAAAACCCUAAAUCAGCUGCAGGUUUCAAGGUCGAUGGCGUCCUUCGCUCGCCGAGCAAUGAGCAUCGCUCAGAUCCCAUCUCGUCGGAUUCUAGCCGGAGCUCCCUCUAUUGCUCAGCACCGUGGUCUCGCCGGCGCCGCCGAUCACCAUGGGCCUCCCAAGGUCAACUUCUGGCAAGAACCCAUGAACCCUGCUCAGUGGAAAGAGGAACAUUUUGUGCUUAUUUCGCUUUCCGGUUGGGGCUUGCUCUUUUAUGGCGGAUACAAGUUCUUUACCGGAGGCAAAGGCAGCAACAACAAAGGAGAGAAACCUCUGGAGGAGGCCACCCAGUGAAUUUGAUUGAUGUUUACAGGAGGGAAGAUGCUUCACCGGUUGGGGGCUCUCUGUUUCUGUUGCAUUUGUUCUUGUUCCAGCAGUCUGAAUCUCAGUUAAUCUUUGCUUGGCUAAUGGUUUUGUAUCAAGGGAAGAGGCAAAUUACCAUUUGUUUUGCUUGGAAAUAAUAUGCAUUUUCACCUUUUUUUUGGGGAGA